AUACGAUCUAUUUCUCUUUCCUAACUAAUUCUUUUUUAUUUAAUUGGUUCGUUGUCUCUUUUUAGUUUGUCCAAUUUCUCUUUCAUUUUCAUGGUCACUGGUCCUGAAAUCCAAGAUUCAGAAUAACUUGUCCAGGUGUACUGAUUGAACAAACCUGAUUCGGAGUCAACCCGACCCAAUUGAUCCAAUAUGGGGCUGCCGGAGAUGGAAUCAAUGGCGUCAGCGAUCGGAGUAUCAGUGCCGGUGCUCCGUUUCUUGCUUUGCUUUGUCGCCACCAUUCCGGUGAGCUUCCUCCACCGUUUUGUCCCUAGCGCCGUCUGUAGGCACCUUUACGCCGCCGUUACCGGCGCUGUUCUCUCGUACCUGUCAUUUGGUUUCUCCUCAAAUCUUCACUUCUUUGGGCCUAUGCUUCUGGGUUAUGUUUCUAUGGUUGUCUCUCGCCGUUACUGCGGGAUCAUCACUUUCUUCGCUGCGUUUGGAUAUCUUAUUGGAUGCCAUGUAUACUACAUGAGCGGGGAUGCAUGGAAGGAAGGAGGGAUUGAUGCUACAGGAGCUUUAAUGGUGAUAACACUGAAAAUAAUUUCAUGUGUGAUUAAUUACCAAGAUGGAUUGUUGAAGGAGGAAGAUUUGCGUGAGGCUCAGAAGAAAAAUUGUUUGCUCAAGUUGCCAUCAUUAUUUGAGUACAUUGGUUACUGUCUCUGUUGUGGAAGUCAUUUUGCAGGUCCAGUGUAUGAGAUGAAAGAUUACCUUGACUGGACAGAGAGAAAAGGAAUCUGGAAACCUUCAGAGAAAGGAAAUCCCUCACCUUUGGGGUCAACUUUAAGAGCUCUUCUUCAAGCUGCUAUUUGUAUGGGGUUGUAUCUCUACCUGGUGCCUCUUUUUCCACUUUCCAGGUUCACUGAUCCAUUAUACCAAGAAUGGGGUUUCUUCAAACGGUUGGGUUACCAAUAUAUGGCUUGCUUUACCGCUCGGUGGAAAUAUUAUUUUAUCUGGUCAAUCUCUGAAGCUGCUAUCGUCGUAUCCGGACUAGGUUUCAGUGGUUGGACAAACUCUUCUCCACCAAAACCACUUUGGGACCGUGCAAAAAAUGUUGAUGUAUUGGGUGUUGAGUUAGCAAAGAGCUCGGUUCAGUUACCACUUGUAUGGAACAUUCAAGUCAGCACGUGGCUGCGACACUAUGUAUACGAGAGGCUGAUACAGAAAGGAAGGAAGCCUGGUUUCUUCCAGUUGCUAGCUACCCAGACUGUCAGUGCUGUAUGGCAUGGAUUAUAUCCUGGGUACAUCAUUUUCUUUGUACAGUCCGCUUUGAUGAUUGCUGGAUCAAGAGUCAUUUACAGAUGGCAGCAAGCUGCUACUGGUACUCUGUUUGAGAAGAUACUGGUAUUAAUGAACUUUGCAUACACACUUCUGGUUCUAAACUAUUCCGCUGUUGGGUUCAUGGUAUUAAGCCUGCAUGAAACCCUUACAGCAUAUGGAAGUGUAUACUAUGUUGGAACAAUUGUACCAGUUGUACUCAUCCUGCUUAGUAAAGUAGUUAAGCCUCCAAAACCUGCAACAUCUAAAGCUAGGAAAGUAGAGUGAGUCCGAGCCAGUUUCUUGAGAUAUUUGCUUAGAUUUCAUUUUGACUAUGUACUCUGUUCUGAUAGCUGGACAGCUCUUAAUUUGAGCAGAACAGGAGAAGUAGCAUUAUUCCUCCAAAUACCUGGCCACUAAAAGUUAUGUAUCCAACUGUAUAGUUAUUGGGGAAAUCUUGGCCACAAGAAUCGAUAAAUGAUUGUUUUUGCUACUAUCUAAUCAAGUUCUGUUCUUGCAUUCAA